AAAUGCGCAUGCGCGGCGUCGUUUGCCACGUCCAGCUGAAGAGACGCUUCCUGGUGUUCAGAAGCGACUCGGUACGGCCUGUACGGCACCAAGAACAUCUUUCGGAUCUGACGGACCGCUCAAAGUACUGUGCGAGCAGCCAGACCAGGGGGCCGCUAUGAACGGGCAGCUGGACCUCAGUGGGAAGCUGAUCAUCAAGGCGCAGCUGGGCGACGACAUCCGCCGCAUCCCCAUCCACAACGAGGACAUCACCUACGAUGAGCUGGUUCUCAUGAUGCAGCGUGUGUUCCGCGGGAAGCUGCAGAGCUGCGAUGAGGUCACCAUCAAGUACAAAGACGAAGAUGAUGAUCUCAUCACCAUUUUCGACAGCUCAGACCUCUCCUUUGCCAUCCAGUGCAGCCGUAUACUCAAGCUUACAUUGUUCGUCAAUGGGCAGCCCCGGCCUCUCGAAUCCAGCCAGGUGAAGUACCUCAGGCGGGAGCUAAUCGAGCUGAGAAACAAAGUCAACCGACUGUUGGACAGUUUAGAACCACCGGCAGAGCCUGGUCCGGCUGCCAGUACACCUGAUAAUGCAGUGGACGGAGGCGAGGGGAAGGCCGUGGCCCCAGACUCUGUGCCUAAGCAAGCGGUGCCGGUUAGUGCUGCCAGCAUGUCUGCUUUCGACCCACUGAGGAACCAGGACGAGGUCAGCAAGAACGUUAUCUCUUCGUUCGGCCUCUCCGAGGACCAGGUCUCAGGCCCCCCCAGCGGCGUGGCCGAGGAGCGUUCUGGGACCCCUGACAGCAUUGCCUCCUCUUCCUCAGCCGCCCACCAACCUGGGGUGCCCCCCCAAGCACAGGCUCCCUAUGCUGGGGUCCAGCAGCCACCCCCUGCUGCCAUGGAAGGUCAGAUGUACCAGCAGUACCAGGCCCCAGGAGGGUACCCACCCCAGCAGCAGUAUGGUGUGCAGUACCAAGCCGGGUACACUCCGCAGCCCGGGGCCCCCCAGCCGGCCCCCCAGCAGCAGCAGCCUCAGCCGCAGCAGCAGCAGUUCCAGAACUAUGCUCCACCCACUUCUCAGGCCACCUCCCAGGCCAGCACCCCCGUGCCAGGGUUUGCCGGCCAGCCGCCCCCCCAGCCGCAGGCCCAGGGAGUCCAGCAGUUCCCCCCAGGGGCAUUUCCCCCACAAAAUUACGCCUCCCAGGCACCUCAGCCCACCAACUACAACAUCCCCCCCACCUCCCAACCCAGCCCAGGUUACCAGCCCCGCCCAGGCUACACCCCACCCCCAGGUAGCACGGUGACCCCUCCUCCGGGAGCAUCUAACCCUUAUGCUCGCAACCGCCAGCCGUAUGGUCAGGGCUAUACCCAACCCGGGCCUGGGUACCGGUAAGAAUUUAAACCGGAUCCCUUAAAGUGACCCAUAUCAUUCUUUUGAGUACAGAAGAUGCAGUGGGUCUGAUGAUUUCCCCCCAGUUAAACUUUUUAAUUGCGUAUUUGUCCUUUGAUUAACAAGACGGACCGCCCUUCUGUGUGUCAUGGCACAUUCCAACAUUGAUGCAAAACACACAGACAGGAAACCAAAUAGUAAUUUACAUAAUAAUUAUGUAAAGAAGGAGCAUUUUUUUUUAAAUCACAUUUGCCACCAUGGUGUUGUAUGCUAUGAGAAUCUGCUUUCUUUAAAACACUACAUAGGCAUCAAGUAUGUAAUGAGUCUUAACUGGGAGAUGUAGAAUGGAUGUGGAGUUGUUUAGUUCUAAGUAUAGUUUACCCUUUUAUUUCUCCUUCUGAACUGCCUUCCUACUAAUAACCAAAUCGGGAUCCCACGUUGCAAUGGUAGGUGUUCUGUAUAAACAAUAAAGUUCUGAGCUAAUAAAGGCAUGGAGACCCAGCA